GGCUUCAUAUCAUCUUUUUCCUUCAACCCCACUUGUAGGAGAAGCCUCUGGCUGUGUGUCUGUCUUGUUGAUGCAAAUUGCCAUUGCAGCUGGAAUCAAAACUCCUGUUAGCGUACGAGAACCUGAUUCUGAGUCUUAUAAAUUUCACUUUGGUGAUCACCCGUAAUAUCAUUCAGGAGAAAACCCUUUGAAGAACAGAUCAAACUCCUCACCCAUCCCAGAUCCUGAUCUCUAAGUGCUAUACUAUGGCCUUCAAGAGGACCCGAGAAGACUCUUCUUAUUUAUACUCUACCAAGCUUCAAUGGAAUUACGAUGUGUUCUUAAAUUUCAGUGAAGAUACUAAAGAGAACUUCACCCACAACCUCUACAACGCAUUAGUUGGAAGAGGAAUCCACACCUUUAGAAACGAUGAUGACAAACCAUGGAUAGAUGAGAUCUCUUCAGAAGUGCAGAAAGCAAUUGAUGAGUCGAGGAUUGCCAUAGUUAUUUUCUCAAGUAGCUAUGCUUCAUCGAGAUCGUGUCUUGAGGAGCUUGUGAAGAUCCUUGAAUGUAAGAGAAGGAUUGGUCAAACUGUUUUUCCUGUUUUUUAUGAUGUGUGUCCAUCAGAUGUCCGAAAUCAAACUGGUACCUUUGAGGAAGAAUUUGAGAAGCAUCAAGAGUUUUUCAAGGAGAACAUACAGAAGGUUUCGAGGUGGAGGGAAGCCCUAAAGACAAUAGCCAAUUUAUCUGGUUGGCAUCUUCAAAAUAUUGCUAAUGGAACUGACAAGCAAGAGUCGACAUUUAUCCAGAAAAUUAUUGAAGAGGUCUUGACAAAAAUAAAAAGAUCAGAACCAUUGCAUGUUGCCAAUUAUCCAGUUGGUUUAGAUUCUCGUGUAGGAUAUGUGAAAGGGACCUUGAAUUUGUCUUCAUUGGAUGUUCGCAUUGUAGGGAUUUGUGGUAUGGGUGGAUUAGGAAAAACAACCAUUGCAAAGGCAGUUUAUAAUCAAAUUAAUCAAAGAUUUGAGGGUCAUAGUUUCCUCGCAAAUGUUGGAGAAGUUUCAAAACAACCCAAUGGUCUAAUCCAAUUACAAGAACAAUUUCUUUCUGAUAUCCUCAUGAAAAACAACUUGAAGAUCAGCAAUGUUGCUAGAGGAAUAAAUAUGAUCAAACAAAGAUUAUCCAAUAGAAAGGUUCUUGUUAUUCUUGAUGAUAUAGAUCAACCUGACCAAUUAAUUGGAUUAAACAUUAAUCGUGAUUGGUUUGGUAUGGGAAGUCGAAUUAUUAUCACAUCACGAAAUGAACAGUUGCUAAAUAGGGUUGACGUAGACGAAAUAUAUGAGGUUCAUGAGUUCAACCAAUCUGAAUCUCUUGAACUCUUUAGUUGGCAUGCUUUCAAAAGAGAUUGUCCUAUAAGCGGCUAUAUGGAGCUUUCAAAAGAUAUAGUAGGCUAUGUCGGAGGACUUCCAUUAGCUCUUGAGGUUUUGGGCUCUCUCAUGGCUGACAGAAGAAGCAUACCUGAGUGGGAGAUUGCAUUAGACAAAUUAAAAAGAAUUCCUGAUCAUAAUCAAAUCGAAGGAAAGCUUAGAUUAAGUUUUGAUGAAUUAGAUGAUGAAGAGAAAGAUACAUUCCUCGAUAUUGCUUGCUUCUUUAUUGGAAUGGACAAAGACUAUGUAAUUAAGAUACUUGAUGGAUGUGGUUUCUUCCCAGAUAUUGGAGUUAGUGUUUUAAAUCGAAGAUCGCUCAUAAGAAUUGGUGAAGAUAAUGAGCUGAAGAUGCAUAAUCUUCUUCGAGACAUGGGAAGGAAAAUUGUUUUUGAAGAAUCUCCUGGAGUGCCGGGAAGGCGUUCAAGAUUGUGGUUCCAUGAGGAUGUUUGUGAAGUAUUGGCAAAACAUGAGGGAACCAAUUCUGUUGAAGGCCUCAUCCUAAAUAUUUCUCAAAUUGAGGACAUAUAUGUUACAAAUAAAGCAUUUGCAAAUAUGCAUAGACUAAGACUACUCCAACUCAAUAAUGUACACCUUAUGGUAGGGCAUGAACAACUCUUUAAGGAGUUAAGAUGGCUUUGUUGGCAUGGAUUCCCUUUGAAUUCUAUACCUACCAAUUUUGAUCUGCAGAAUCUUGUUGUCCUUGACAUGCAAAAUAGCCAUAUUAAGAAAGCUUGGAAUAAAGCUAAGGUGCUCGGAAGGUUGAAAAUCCUGAAUCUUAGCCAUUCGCGUUACCUAACAAAGUCCCCCAACUUCUUAGGGAUUCAUAGCCUUGAAAUGCUAAUCCUUGAAGGCUGUACUAGUCUGGUUGAAGUUCAUGACUCCAUUGGAUAUCUUGACAAGCUUGUGGUCUUGAAUCUGAAAAACUGCAAUAACCUUAAGAACCUUCCAAGCAGCAUUUGUAAGUUAGUAUCUCUUGAAGUACUUGAUCUCUCUGGGUGCCCAAAACAGGAUAGAUCUAAGUCAUGGAAUUCAUUAUUCUUCCACUCUUGGGUUUCACUAAGAUCAAGGCCUUUGCUUCCAGCUUUCUCUGGAUUAAGCUCCUUGAGUACCUUAAAUCUGUCUCACUGCAAUCUAUCAAGAGAUCAUCUUCCCAAUGAUUUCAGUAGCUUAUCCUCAUUGACACACUUAUUUUUAAGUGGAAACAGUUUCUGCACCUUACCAACCGGCAUUGGUCAUCUUUCCCGCCUUAUGAUCCUUGCUUUGGAUGAGUGCACAAAUCUACAACUACUACCAGAGCUUCCAUCAAGUUUAAUGACAUUGGGUCUAAAAGAUUGCACAUCACUAGAAAGAUUACCAGCAAACAUUGGUACUGGUCCUGCUAAACUAAUGAUUCUUCUUUUGAGUGGAUGCAUAAAGCUGUGUGCACUCCCAGAGCUUCCAUCAAGUUUGAUAUGGUUAAAGAUUUCUGGUUGCACAUCUAUAGAGGAAAUACCAAAGCUUUGGAAGCUAAAGUCAUUACAAGGCUUACAGUUGAACUAUGACCAUUUUUGUAACCUGCCUGAAGACAUAAGUUUCCAUACUCAGCUUCGAAGCCUAUUCUUGGAUGGCUAUACAAAACCUCGGUCACUGCCAAAGCUUCCUUCAAGUGUAAACAGCUUGGUUGUAGAUGGUUGCACAUCAAUGGUACUUAAGGAAGUUGAGUUCCAGAAGCCGAAGACCUCACAAUCUAUAUCAGCCAUCCACAUGGAUGAGUGCCAUCAUCUGGAGACCACUUUGAGGAAGAAGAGCCCUUUCCAGGGAUUAUAUGAGAGGUUUGAAGUCAUUGGUCCUGGGAGUGAGAUUCCAGAGUGGAUGGCUCAUCAGAGUAUGGGUUCUUCAAUCUCUUUUGAGGUAUCUCCACAUUUGGGUUGUAAGUUCCAAGGGUUGGAUGCAUCUGCUGUUUUUGCAAUUGAGGAAGAAGAUGAAAAUCGGGUUAGUUCAAUGCCGAUCAUUUUUAAUAAAACCACAGGCACUAAAUGGGUAUGGCUAAAUGGAAGCUAUUAUACCCCAAGAUCACCAUAUCAAGAUCAAAUGUGGGUGUGCCAUAUACCAUUUUCCGACCUUUAUGUUCACCUUGGUGGUGAAGGUGAAUUUGAGGCUCAAGAAGGGGAUCAGUUGGAAUUCUCAAUAAAUUUUGAAAUUGAGAAUUUUGAAGAAGCAAGAGUGCAGGUGAAGAAAUGUGGAGUCUUGCAGGUACACAAGCCAGAUGAGGAAACAAGAUUAGAUGAAGACCAAUCAAUGAUUCAAUACACUUCAGAUGAUGUUGUGGAAUGUUGAUAGAACAGAAUAGACCAUGAUGAAGAUGAGGAACCCAUUCAUCCCUAUUUCGAGGCAUUUAAUGGAUAGAAGCAGUGUUUCUUUUUUAUAUUAUGUACUGAUCAUUUUCUUUAGAAAUUAUAAUUUCCUUUUAAUUUUUUUUA